AUGAAGGCAGAGAAGGAAUUAGGAAUAGAGAUUGACCAGCAAGGAAGGAUAGGAAAGAAGAGGGAAGACGAAGGGGAGAGGAAAGCAAGAGGCAGGCCUACAAAGGCGGAGGAGCUUGCUAAACAAAGAGGAAGGGCGGACAGCCUAGGAUCGGUCAAAGAUCUCAUUUUGAAAAGGAAAAAAAAAGAGUUAGAGGAAGAAGCGGCUAGGGCAGCAGAGAAAGAAAUUCUCGACAAAUUCAACGAAAUGAGAAGGACCAACAGAUCACCGCCAGCGAAGAUAAAAAAAGGAGAAGAGGAUAAGGUCAAAGAAAAGGGGAGCACAGGACAAAAGGAAGGAAUGGAAUUCACAGCGAAGGUGACAGUAGAGAGAGAAAUGCUGGAGAAAAUGAUAAGGGAUCAAGCAAAGGAAACACUGAGAAAACUAAAAGAGGAAAUAAAAGACCAGAGAGAGGAGAUCGAGAGCCUGAAGAGAAAAAUACGCAAGCUAGAAAUGGGCGCGGGUAAAAGGAAGAGGGACGAAAGCGCAGAGAACAGAAGCAGGCAAGACGAAAUGAAAUGGUGGUCCGACGACGAUGAGAGGAAUGACGAGAGAAGGAGGAAAAACAUAAUAAUAAGGAUAGAGAGGAACAGAUGGAUGGGAAAGGGAACGAAUUGGGAGAAGGUGAGGCAACUGCUCUCGGAGGAACUAAAGUUAAAGGUAGAAAGGAAGGAAGUGAGCGUAAUAGGGCUGAGAGGAGAAUGGCUCACGAUGCUGGUGAGGCUGGGAAGUGAAGAGGAGAAAUGGAGAUUAUUAGAGGCAAGGAGGAGGGCAGCGAGCAGACUAAAGGUUAAGAUGGACGAAGACAAAUCCGUAGAAAGAAGAAUUAGAGAGGGAGAAGAGAAGAAGAGGAGAAAGGAGAGGAGGGGAGAAGAUGAUGGAAGAACAAAAGGAUCAGAAGAGGAUGAGAUAGCAAGCGAGCUAGAAAAGAGCCUACUAAUGGAGACGGAAGAAGAAAAGGAAAAAACAAAGGCCGAGUAA